GGGUAAUACGGCCACAUAUCUAUCCUUCCUUUCGUCUCUGGCCGACCAUAAAAGAGAGGGUCUCUCUUCUACUGCGCAGACAAACAAGAAGACCCUUUGGGCUAGCUAUCUAAAUAUUCCAUUAAUUGUCAAUCAAAUUGCGAUUUAGCGGUUUACGACUGCUUCAUGAUGGAAAGAGUUCUGGUUCAUUCAACAAAUGUCCCUGCUUUAGUUCCUGGACAGAGGCUUGGCCAAUCUCAAGGAUCUGGCAAACUACGAAGCGUCAAAAUGAUGUGCUGCGCUGUUCAAGUGCCUAGAGUGACAAUGAGAGGCUUCUCAGGAUUGCGGGGUGUCAACUCCUUAGAUUAUAUGUCCAGGUCUGCCGAGGAUUUUCAUUCUAAGGUGAACAGGUCAAUCAAUUUUCGGCACGCAAAGCCUAGCCGAUGUGUUACGAAAGCAAUGUUUGAGCGUUUCACAGAGAAAGCAAUUAAAGUAAUUAUGCUGGCUCAAGAAGAAGCUAGGCGGCUUGGUCACAAUUUUGUUGGCACAGAACAAAUACUGUUGGGUCUAAUAGGUGAAGGCACUGGCAUUGCUGCAAAGGUUCUUAAAUCUAUGGGGAUCAAUCUUAAGGAUGCACGUGUAGAAGUGGAGAAGAUAAUUGGGAGAGGAAGUGGAUUUGUUGCUGUGGAGAUACCGUUCACUCCUCGUGCAAAACGUGUUUUAGAACUCUCUCUGGAGGAGGCCCGCCAACUUGGUCAUAAUUACAUUGGAUCUGAGCACUUGCUUCUUGGCCUACUUCGUGAAGGGGAGGGUGUAGCAGCCCGUGUUCUUGAGAAUCUAGGUGCUGAUCCUAGUAAUAUACGCACACAGGUGAUCCGCAUGGUGGGUGAGAGCAAUGAAAAUGCUGUUGGUGUUACUCCUGGUGGAGGUGGUAGCAAUAAGAUGCCAACACUUGAGGAAUAUGGAACUAAUUUGACGAAACUGGCAGAAGAGGGUAAAUUAGAUCCUGUUGUUGGAAGGCAGCCACAAAUAGAACGUGUCGUCCAAAUUUUGGGCCGGCGCACUAAGAAUAACCCUUGUCUCAUUGGAGAACCUGGUGUGGGGAAAACAGCUAUAGCUGAGGGUCUUGCUCAGCGAAUAGCUAGUGGUGAUGUUCCCGAAACAAUUGAGGGAAAGAAGGUUAUAACCCUGGAUAUGGGCCUUCUAGUUGCCGGAACCAAGUACCGUGGAGAGUUUGAGGAGAGACUAAAAAAGCUGAUGGAGGAAAUCAAGCAAAGUGAUGAAAUAAUUCUUUUCAUUGAUGAAGUGCACACCUUAAUUGGAGCUGGGGCAGCAGAAGGAGCAAUUGAUGCGGCAAACAUUUUAAAACCAGCUCUUGCUAGAGGUGAAUUGCAGUGUAUUGGAGCUACGACGUUAGAUGAAUACAGAAAGCACAUCGAGAAGGACCCAGCCUUGGAAAGACGAUUUCAGCCUGUGAAAGUACCGGAACCAUCUGUAGAUGAAACUAUACAGAUUCUGAAAGGAUUGCGGGAACGCUAUGAGAUCCACCACAAGCUCCGCUACACAGAUGAAGCACUAGAAUCUGCUGCAAAGCUUUCGUACCAGUAUAUCAGUGAUCGUUUUCUGCCUGAUAAGGCAAUUGACUUGAUUGAUGAAGCUGGUUCACGAGUUCGGCUACGUCAUGCACAGCUCCCUGAGGAAGCUAGAGAGCUUGAAAAGGAGCUCAGGCAGAUAACCAAAGAGAAAAAUGAAGCUGUUCGCAGCCAGGACUUUGAAAAGGCCGGGGAGUUACGUGAUCGUGAGAUGGACCUAAAGGCACAGAUCUCAGCUCUUGUAGACAAAGGCAAGGAGAUGAGCAAGGCUGAGAGUGAAGCUGGGGAUGUAGGUCCUGUAGUGACUGAAGUGGACAUUCAGCAUAUUGUCUCCUCCUGGACUGGCAUUCCCGUUGAGAAAGUAUCUUCUGAUGAAUCUGACCGCCUUCUCAAGAUGGAAGAGACACUUCACAAGCGGAUCAUUGGUCAGGAUGAAGCUGUCAAAGCCAUCAGCCGUGCUAUUCGCCGUGCCCGUGUUGGCCUAAAGAACCCCAACCGCCCAAUUGCUAGUUUCAUCUUUUCCGGUCCAACUGGUGUAGGGAAGUCAGAGUUGGCGAAAGCCCUAGCGGCAUACUACUUUGGCUCUGAGGAAGCAAUGAUUCGACUUGAUAUGAGUGAGUUCAUGGAAAGACACACUGUUUCCAAGCUCAUUGGUUCACCUCCAGGCUAUGUAGGUUAUACUGAGGGUGGUCAGCUUACUGAAGCUGUACGACGCCGUCCUUAUACGGUAGUUCUCUUUGAUGAAAUUGAGAAAGCCCAUCCUGAUGUCUUUAACAUGAUGCUUCAAAUUCUUGAAGAUGGAAGGUUAACAGACAGUAAGGGCAGAACUGUUGACUUCAAGAAUACUCUUCUUAUAAUGACAUCAAAUGUUGGGAGCAGUGUAAUUGAGAAGGGUGGACGCCGGAUGGGAUUUGAUAUGGAUUAUGAUGACAAAGAUAGCAGUUACAACCGAAUCAAGAGCCUGGUAACAGAGGAAUUGAAGCAGUAUUUUAGGCCAGAAUUUCUCAACAGAUUGGAUGAGAUGAUCGUUUUCCGGCAACUCACAAAACUGGAGGUGAAAGAGAUAGCCGACAUAAUGUUGAAGGAGGUAUUUGAGAGGUUGAAAGUAAAAGAGAUAGAACUUCAAGUGACAGAGAGAUUUAGAGAUAGAGUGGUUGAAGAAGGGUACAACCCUAGCUAUGGUGCAAGGCCUUUGAGGAGAGCCAUAAUGAGACUUUUGGAGGACAGCAUGGCUGAGAAGAUGCUUGCAAGAGAAAUCAAAGAGGGUGAUUCAGUUAUUGUGGAUGUGGAUUCUGAUGGAAACGUUACCGUGCUGAAUGGAAGCAGUGGUGCUCCAGAGUCCUUGCCAGAUGCAUUAUCUGUUGUGUAAACUGUUAUGUUAUACCCAUUACGUUGUUUGUACCUUUCUUUUGGUUUUUAUUGGCUUUAUAUCUGUAGUCUGUUUUUCUUGGAAGGACUACAUGGCUGUAGAAUUAGAAGCUGUUGGUUAACUGAUGGCUUUGGUUGUAAGGCUGCAUUUUCUUCACCAUGAAAUUUAUCGAUAGUCAACUUGAAGGCUGGAUUGUUCUAAAACUUCAUUGCUGGUUGCCUGUUUUUUAAAUACUAGAUCCUGCUAUCACUGA